UGUCUGGCUAAUCCGUCCUCUUCAUCUUACUCUCUCACUAACCUCCUUAUCACUCUACACUCAUUCAAUUAGUUAGUUCGGUUAGUUCAAUCUCCUUCCUUCAACUGUUGCGCUCAAGUUUAAGUUUUUACUACCCUCAUCUCUUUCUCAUUUGGCUUACCCUCCUCCAACAACGACGGAGACCUCGUUCCUAUCUACGCCAACAAAGUUGGUCCAUUUCUCAACCCCAGAUUCGUCCCUUUCUUCGAUCUCCUCUUCAUUCGAUCUCAUCCACCCCAAUGGCUUUGCCUUGCACAGAUCCACAUGCAUUCAUUUCAUUUGGAGGGUUAAAUUCUUGAGCUGCAUUUUCUUCUCAUUUCACAAUUUUUUGAUUUUACCUUUGAAUUUUGCUAUCUGCAGGCUGGUGAUUCAGUUUGAGGGGUGUUUUAGCUUUUCUUUCCCUUCUUCACGUUAAAAUUGGAUUUUUUUCUCAUUGGUGUUGAAGGGAAAGAGAGCGAAAUUUCAAGCCAAACUUUGGUUAAACUCCGUCAAGUUCAGCCUGCUUGUGGCAGUCUUUGUUUCUUCUGCCCUACCAUGAGAGCCAGGUCCAGACAACCUGUCAAGAGGUACAAGAAGCUCAUUGCUGAGAUUUUCCCUCGUAAUCAGGAGGAAGGGGCGAAUGAUAGGAAAAUAGGAAAACUAUGUGAUUAUGCUGCCAAAAAUCUUUUACCCAUCCCAAAGAUUGUGAAUGCCCUUGAGCAAAGGUGUUACAAGGAGCUACGAAAUGAGAAUUUACAUUCAACAAAAAUAGUCAUGUGUAUUUACAAGAAAUUUCUGUUUUCUUGUAAAGAACAAAUGUUCAGUUUAUGGGCGAACACUCUCUCAUAUAUCAGUUGAGUUUGAUAAUGAAGCAGCCCCAUUGAUCCUGGGACUUGUCAUUGUGAUUUUCACAUCUAGCUAAAGCUUCUGUUCCUAAUAGUGUAUAGACCUGUCACAAAGUGUGAUUACUCAGAAAUUGUAAAUGAGUAAUUGAUGAGAAUGAGUGAUAUUUCGUAUAAAGCGUGACAUAAAACCUCCUCAUCUCAUCUCACCUUUUGUUUUUCCCAAAAGUGGUAGAACUAUUCAUAAGAAUGACAAAUGACAUGAUAGAUAGUUGUCGCAUCAACUAGACUACUCACAUCAAGUUUCCCAUCCUGCCUCGACUUUGUGUCAAUAAACACUUAAACUUUAAGUUACUGUUCACUUCAGCUUUA